AAUUUAUAGCUAUUGUUCGGUCGGAAAGUAUAGGAUUUAUUCAAUUAAUGACAGCACUAGUGCCCACACAACAGCCAAACGAUACGUAUAUAACUUUUGCCGAUUGGGGAACAGUUGGAUCUCAAGUUAUAUUUGUCCACAAAAAUGAUAUUUACUAUAAAUCCGAUGCAAACGCAGCGCCGAUAAGACUUACAAAUACGGGCGAAGAUAUGGUUAUAUAUAACGGAAUACCCGAUUGGCUGUACAGACGAGAGAUCUUAAUGAACUCUCCCAAGACGUUUUGGUUAUCACCGGUGGGAACAAAGUUGGUCUACACCACCAUCGAUGACAGCGGUGUCGACUUAAUGAUCUGGCCAUUCUAUAGCACUGGCAAAUUGGCCCAGGGUUAUCAUAAUCAGUACCCUAAGAUCGAGAUGGUUAGGUACCCUAAAGUGGGCCGACCCAACCCUACGAUUGCGCUUCAUUGCAUAGAUUUGACACAAUUGCGUGAUUAUAACGACUCAAUUGGUAAACUGACCGCUCAUUUAAAGCCACCCAAAGAUAUCACAGAUUACGGAGAUCAUUAUAUGACAACAUUAAAGUGGGUCGACGAUCAUGUUGUUUGUGCGAAUUGGGUGACUCGUGCUCAAAACGUGUCGGUCAUGACCUGCUAUAGUAGUCGAGCCAAUUGGGAGCCAAUAUCUAAUUUCAAACUACAAUCGAGUAGUGGAUGGAUAGACUUCUCUACGAAUUACGGAUUAGACUUGAUUGUGGUCACACCAGACGGCGAGUCAUAUCUUAUAAAAGUACCCAAAAUGAGUGACAACGGGAGGGAUGUGUUCCCACACAUCGCCAAAGUGUCCGUUUCGUCGGCCGAAUCAUCGUUUUUAACGUCCGGUGUAUUUGAAGUGAAAGAUAUAUUAAACGUAAACACAGAAAGUGAUAAAAUCUAUUUUACCGCAACGUUUCCUUCAAAUCCGGGAGAAAAGCAUUUAAUGAGCGCUCCGUUAACCCAGUCGUCGGCGGCGGCGAAGGCAGAGCCCGUGUGUCACACAUGUCUUAUCAACACAUAUACAACCGAUAAGACUAACAUAUGUCUGGUCUCUGACGCCACGUUCAGCGAAGGGGCCAAACAUUAUAUCCAUCACUGUUUGGGACCUAAUAUUCCCCAAUCGGUGAUCAGGCGGACAGUCGACGACCGCUUACUUCAUACACUCGAAGACAAUAAACGCCUGAACACUAAACUCAAAGACCUAUCGGUUCCCAAAACUAUUUUCAUGAAGGUUCCGGUCGGACGCUAUCAGAUCGAUGUUCAGCUUUUUGUGCCGCAAUAUUUCGAUAGCGAAUCAAAACGAAAAUAUCCGUUAGUUUUCAAUGUUUACGGCGGACCCGGAGCUGAGAGCGAAUACGUUUCGCACAAAUACUUUUACAACCAAUUCGGCUCUUAUUUGGUCUCAAAUAAAAGCGUAAUCUAUGCCUAUCUGGACAGCAGAGGUGCCCCCAAUCGCGGCCAGGAAUUCAUGUUUGAAAUCUAUCGCCGAUUGGGAACCGUUGAGGUCGAGGACACUAUAGCUGUGGCCCGGGCUGUCGUUAAGGGGUUUGUGUAA